GCAUAGAGGAGGCUCGACUACCAGCGUCGGGCGGCUCGGUGGAACCGGUUGCACAAAUCACGGACAACUCUUUCUGCCGCCGUGUACGCAUAGCGGAUCCCGACGGCCGGGGUAACGCUCGGGCGUCGGUCGUGUUUGUAGCGAAUUAGGUUCGCUACAAACAUCCUUUUCUUUGCGUGCCGACGCUUAACAGUGGACCCUUCGUGUGCAUCGGAAGAAAGUGCCCUCCCGCGUUACCCCAGAGAAGGCGACGAUGGUAUCGGGCAUAUUCUACGUGGAGAAGCUGCCGGACGCAGACGGCACGACCUACAACGAUGCAAGCUAUGGAGUCACGACAGGCCGCAAGAUGCUGGCUGCCGUCGGCGUACUCAAGGAGUCCUGGCGUCUCGUGUACAUCAUAUGCGUACCCCUCCUCUUCCUUCCAGUGGCAGCAAGCAUCGAAGGAAAGGCCGGCUGGUGCGCCUACAUCUUGCUGGUGAUGGCUUUCUACUGGUCGGCGGAAGUGGUACCGCUGGCUGCCACUUCACUCAUGCCGGUCUUCUUGUUCCCGUUUUUCGGGAUCCUGCCGUCCAGUAAAGUGGCCACCUUUUACUUGAAUGACAUAGGGCUCGUAAUGCUGUGUUCGCUAGUGAUGGCCGGAGCGGUGGAAACGAGCAACCUGCACAAGAGGAUAGCCCUAAGGUCAUUACUCGCCAUUGGAACAAGUAAUCUCAGGCUGCUUCUUGGUUUUAUGCUAGUCACCAUGUCACUAUCCAUGUGGAUUCCGAACACUGCCUCGACGUCCAUCAUGGCGCCCAUAGUCAUGGCCGUCGUAGACCAGAUGCACAACUCGACUAAGUCUCAUUCCAAAGACGUAGAAAGUUCAGACCUUGAGUCUCUAACCAGGCGGCAAGAGCCAGCUUACAAAGAUGACGAGAAGAAAGGUGGCAAGGAUUCGUCUCAUACUGCUGAUUCUGAAGAAGACUCUCGGCAGAAAUUACUCCGCACGACAAUGCUACUCUCCGUGGCUUACGCUGCGAACAUUGGAGGUACUGGAUCUCUCAUUGGAACAGGGCCCAACCUUGUACUAAAGGGUAUCAUGGAUGACUCUUUCCCAGAGUCCUCAGAGUUGACCUUUGCAACGUGGAUGCUUUACAACGUGCCAACCAUGCUGCUGUGCGUUCUCAUCGGGUGGAUCUACCUUCAAUUUUACGCAAGGAAAGCAAUGAGAGGGACCUCCCAAGGUGCAUCGGAAGAAAAAAUUCGCGAGGAGAUUUCCAGGAGAUACCGGGACUUGGGUCCUAUGAGCUUUCCCGAGUGGUGCGUCACGUUCUUGAUGACGUCGAUGAUUCUUCUCUGGUUCACGAUGAAGCCCCAGAUGUUCCCUGGCUGGGUGGAAAUGCUUCCUCAUGGAAAAUUCAUAAAGUCGUCCGCCCCCGCGAUGAUAGCCACGUUCCUGUUGUUCGUGAUUCCCAAGGAUCCCCGCAAGCGCGGUGGCCGAACCAUCAUCACGUGGCGGGAGGCCAACGAGCGCGCUCAGUGGGGUGUCAUCAUUCUCAUAGGAGGUGGCAUGUGCCUCGCCGAGGGCUGCAAGCAAUCAGGUCUGUCAGUGCUCCUGGUGCAUCAUCUGAAGAGCCUCGACGUGCUUCCUCACGCGCUGACGGUCCUCGUGCUGUGCUUCGCCGCCUCCAUGUUCACCGAAGUGACGAGCAACACAGCCAUUAGUUCCAUACUCUUGCCCGUCGUCUGCGAAAUGGCGAUAGCGAUAGGAGUGCACCCACUGUACCUCGCAAUGCCGGUGACGAUCGGAUGCUCAUUCUCCUUCAUGCUUCCUGCUGCCACACCACCAAACGCGAUCGUGUACGAGCUGGCGAAGUUGAAAAUUCCUGAUAUGGCAAAGCCAGGUUUCAUCAUGAACAUGGUCUGCGUCCUGGUUGAAGUCGCCAUGAUUCACGCGAUAGGCUUUCCCAUCUUUGGCCUGGGGAAGUUGCCCGAUUGGGCUAGGUCCAACGAAGCGACAAUGUCAUCAAUCGCUGUGCCAAACACGACAGACAUUAUGUCAUUGCCGACAGUGUUGACCGCAUUUAACUACACACAAACGGCAUGAAGAGCGUUCGUGAUUGACCUCAAUUUAUCUCUCUUCAUUUCUCGGCUAUCUGCGACGCUGGGACAUGGCGCAUGGUUUUAGUUCCUAUUUCUUCGCGAACCCAGGUCCGAAAGACGGGUAUUCUUCGGGAGCAAAGAAGACAGCUUCGAAUCGAAGGGCGCCAAUUUUUACGCAUUUUGUUUGUUUUCUUUUGUUUUCACGGAACUUAGUGCUACGCUGGCAGUGCACAUUCUCGCAUAACUUGAAAGUGAUGCAUACACGGGAUAAAUAACUGCAGCUUUGACAUCAUCGAGGCCAUGCAUUUCAAGGAGUGAAGGAUCGAGAGGUUUGACCAGGAAACAGCUGCAGUCACUUUACUACCGAGGACCACGCUGCAACGAAUACCUCGUUUCUUCAUGACGAAGUCAAGAAAUCAUUGCCUACCCGCUACACUGCGCUUUCUUUUGGUUCGGUCUUCGUGCAGAGCAUAAAUAAGAAUUCGUGUAUGAGAAGGAAAGCAAUUAUUUAAACUUCUCGUGAGCUUCCAGACCUGCCUUUGGAAAAAGGGCUCUCCAUGAUAUGUAUAUACGAGAGAGAUCGGCGCCACUCCGCUGGGUCCACGAGCAUAGCACAAUGAAACUGAAACGCUUCUGUGACAGCCAACAUGUUUGCUUAAAAACAUUUCCCGAGAGAAAGUCCAAAUUACAAGCCAUGUGUCUAUUAUUGCGAGUAAAUUUUGAAUGCUGUUUUAGCAAUCACAAGUCAUCACUGUUUAGUUGUAAUCAUAGUCAUAAGUCACAAAUAUUUUCCUAGAAAUGUUUAAACAUUUUAUAUGCCGUUUACAUGGUAGCGCUGGUACAUGGCUGAUUUCUUUCGCAAUGGUCCGAGUGCAUUCUCUUGUACAUUCCGACUUAAAGAAUAAGAAGCUCACGUACUGCACGAUUUCUCUACAAGGCAAUGGCAUAGAAAUGAUAUAUCACAUUAUUCUUGUACAUACUUUCAUAAAAUCAUACUAGAGGGGAUACUUACAGUCAUUUUUGUCCUUCGCGAAUGCUAAUCUCCUACGUACAGAAUUGGUUUGAUGCAGGUUAUCCCUUCAAACGAACAGUUGACAGCAUCAUUGGUAUUUUUCGUGUAUGUAUAACACUCAGCAUGGAUAUGUAAGAGAUAAACAAUAAAAUUUUAUUCGUAACCAGAAGUUAGGAACAUUUAUGCGGAGCUUCGUCGCUCCACCACCACUCGGCGCGCAGGGUCUCUCAUAUUCAAAAUUCCAGCGUUGAUGCAACCAGCGACGUUGAGUGUCAUGUAUGGUCCAAUAAAGGCACUGAUCUGAGUUGCGGAGGGAAAAAAAAUACAGCGCGCGCCGCAAUCCGAACCAACGACUCCGUGUUCAUUUCAUUUCAUCACUAAGAUUGGUUGCUGUUCAUUGAAACCGGUUCGCGGCCGCUAGAGGCAUUGGUUAUGGUCGGCUCAAAUAUUUGGGCUUGAAUAAGUACAUCAUAGAUAACAUUACACAGCAAAUAAUUACCAUGAAGGGAGUAUUUUUAUGAGAACCAGGGCUCUGAAUAUGUUCUCAGUUCUCCACAAUGCUAUGUUUUGUAGCGCCUUUAUUUGUACAGCAUCUUGCUAUUGGUAAUUUUACUUUCUUAAGUGUAUCACGGUGGGCAUUCAUAAGUGCUACACAUAACACACAGUCCUGGCUGCAACAAGGGCCUAUAAACGCCACUGACUCGUCGUCCUAGCGUAAAACAUUCAAAGCGUCCCGCAAAAAUUGACGCUUGAGUCUGUGGGACGGCUUCUAUGUACAUAAGUUGUAAAAAGUUAGUUUAGACCAAUAAAACCUGUAUUUAUCAUUUGCAACAACAGAUUCAUAUGCUACGUGACCAACCUUGCAUUUGAGCUCUGCAAUGGCGCACGAAGCAAGAUAUUGUGUAUACGUCGAAAAUAAAGCAUCUGUACUCAGUUA